UACCGCAGGGGCAGCAGCGCAUCCAAACGAACCACCAAAAUAUACCCCCAUUUAUACAGCCAUGACCAGCCCCGUCUGAAUCACAAUCAAUCAUCGGACACCAGCCCCUCGCAAGGCGACCUCUAUAUGCAACUAAAUCCCCGCCAUCUCGCGGACCGAUCCUAGUACUUUACUAGUACCCCAACAAUAUGACCGAUUACUCGAAAUUGAAGGUCACCGACCUGAAAGCGGAGUUGAAGCGGCGCGGCAUCGCGCAGACCGGUCUUCGCGUCAAGCAACAAAUCAUCGACCGAUUGGAGGAAGAGGAUGCUCGCGAAGCUGCAGGACAGGAUGCGACCGCGGAACCGGGCUCCGAUCGCGAUAAUGCGCAGCAGCAGCAGGAGGAAGAUGAAGUGAGCGAGCCUACACCGGAGACGGAGGAGGUACAGCAGGAGGUACAACCUGCGCAACCAGUUGAGCCGCAGGCCGAUUCGGCCACACACGCGGAGCCGGUCCCGGAAGAGACCGUGAAGCAGAUGGAGACCGAGGUUUCAACACAGCCACUGGAACCAACGCCGGAGCAGGCAGAGGCUGCGGUGCCUCAACCGGAGAGUGUAGUAGAGGAGACUGCUGCCCGUGGCGAUCAGGUCGCGGAGGAGUCGCCAGAACAGCCGAAAGAGGAGGAGGAACCAAGCACAAAAGCGCAGGAGCUGGAAGAGACGGUGGUCGAGACUGACACCUCAGCAGUGCAGGAAACGACGGCUGAGCCACCUGCCGCCCCGGUUGAGCAGGCUCCCGGAAACGAAUCCGCGCAGGAACCUACAGCCAUCCCGCAGCAAGAUGCAGAGCUCAAGGAGACCGCGCCGCCUACGAGUAUCCCUUCGGAAUUGAACACAGCAUUGUCAACUCCUCUUCCCACAGAGGAGCUGUUGGAGGAUCGACGCAAGCGCAAGCGACGUAGCCAGAGUCCUGUGCCCACACCGGAAGCCCUGGCCAUCAAAAAGGCGAAGGCGCAAGAGGAAGAGCCUCGCGUGCUUCUGCCUGAAGAUCAAGGAUCAUCUAUGAUCGAGGUGGAUCAACCGGGAGAAGAAGGGGCAGCACAUUCGCGCGAACCCCCUGAGGCACGUGCUGAGCCUGAGACGGCGGCGCCAGGUCGGGAAACGGAAUCUGCCCCGGCCGCUGACGAUACAACCCUCGCAGCCAAGAAAGAUGCCCCGCCAAAACACGAUGUUCGUUUCAAAGGUCUCUUCGCGGGCCCGGGAGCCGACCAAGCCCGUCCGCCGUCUCCUCCCCCUGACGUUGCUGUGGACGAGGCAGAAGUUGAACCUGCCCUACAUGCUGCCACUGCUGCGCUCUACGUUGGAGGCCUGAUGCGGCCGAUGCAGCCGGCGGCCCUGCGAAGUCAUCUGGUUACUCUUGCGUCGGCACCUGAUGCUUCCCCGAAUGCUGAUGUGAUCCUCGAUUACUACCUGGACCCCAUCAAGACACACUGCUUUGUGAGCUUUACAAGUGUCUCUGCCGCGUCGCGUGUCCGAACGGCCCUCCACGGGACCGUAUGGCCUAACGAACGCAACCGAAAAGCGUUAUUUGUCGACUUUAUUCCCGAAGACAAGCUAAAGUCAUGGAUUGAACGAGAGGAGGGGACCCGGCAGCGUGGCGGGCCCGCACCCCGAUGGGAAGUGAGAUACGACCGUACAGACGACGGUGUCGAGGCUGUUUUAGAAGAAGUCGAUUCCCGCAAACCGGCCGCCCAAGCUGCGCGUGCACCUGAUCUCGCUGGCUUCUCUCGUCCACCGCCCACCGGUCCCCGUGCAGAGGGUCGUGGUCCGACUCGACGUCCCAGUAGCCCUGGUGUCGCACGGUCAGAUUCUCACCCGGGCCAAGGGUUCAAGCCAUUGGACGAGCUGUUCAUGUCCACCACCACCAAGCCUAAGCUCUACUAUCUGCCAGUUACCCGGGAGGUGGCCGACCGGCGUCUCGAUCGAUUCGACGACCUGCUACGAAAAGGCGCAUUCCCCCGACGGGGAGGAGAUGAGACCCGUCGUAUCACUUUCGAAGACGGUGACCUAUUUGUUGACAAGGGGCCGGAGUACCUAGGUGGUGGACGGGGCCGACGCGGCGGCCGUGGCGGCCGAGGACGGGGAGGAAUGGGUGAUUCGUGGCGAGACGACCGUCGCAGUCGAUGGUAACGAUUUUUCAAGUUCCGACAAUCCGGUUCCUCAUUAUUGUUCUAGUGAUUGUACGGAUGUAGUCAUCCGUCACGUGUACAGUAGUAGUUAAGGGACAUUGCGAGGGGCAAGGGGAGGGGGGGCAAGCAUGAAUGUAAAUUAG